UUCAGAAACGGAAGGAAUAAGGAAAAAAACACCUGAAUCCACUAGAGCCGUUCUUCCGCGUCUCCUCCGCCUGCGCCGUUCGCUGGCCGGACCUGCUACCCUCUUCUCCCGGUCGCCGGCGCUCGCGACCAUGAUCCCAAUUUCGAUAUCUAGAGUCAAUCAGUUCGAUGCUGCGAGGCUGGAUGUCGAGAUGUCUGCCAUGUUGAAAGAGCAGCUAGUCAAAGUGUUCUCUUUGAUGAAGCCAGGGCUCUUGUUUCAGUAUGAGCCUGAACUCGAUGCUUUCCUAGAAUUCCUCAUCUGGAGGUUCUCGAUUUGGGUUGACAAGCCAACCCCGGGGAAUGCACUGAUGAACUUGAGGUAUAGAGAUGAGCGGGCGGCACCCAUCGCAGGAAAAGAAGUCAGAACAGGUUUGGAAGGACCUGGACUUUCAGUAUCUCAAAAGAUCUUGUAUUGUAUCAGCACUGUUGGUGGCCAAUAUUUAUUGUCCCGCUUGCAAUCAUUUUCUGCGUUCCGUCGGUGGGGUGAUUCUGAACAGAGACCACUAGCACGUCGUGCUUGGGGCUUGGUGCAGCAUGCUGAAGGAUUAUACAGAGCUGUUUCAUUCUUUAACUUGCUGCUAUUUCUUUAUGGUGGAAGGUACAAAACCAUUGUGGAAAGGAUUCUGAAAGCAAGACUUGUUUAUGGGAGCCCCAACAUGAAUAGAGCAGUAAGCUUUGAGUACAUGAAUCGGCAGCUGGUUUGGAAUGAGUUUUCGGAAAUGUUGCUUCUGCUUCUCCCCCUCUUAAACUCAUCCUCAGUAAAGAAGUUCCUCCUUCCUUUCUCCAAAGAUAAAUCAGCAAGUUCUUCUGGUGAUGAAGCAAACUGUCCUAUAUGCAUCUCUAGUCCUAGCAUUCCCUUUGUAGCUCUCCCAUGUCAACACAGGUAUUGUUAUUAUUGCAUACGGACGCGUUGUGCAGUUACAAGUUCUUACAGAUGUGCACGCUGUAACGAGGCUGUCGUUGCUAUUCAAAGACAAGGAUCAAGUUAGACUUACUAGGGUUGAAGAAAUUCUUACCCACACACCCUGUAUUGUAACAACAAGGCUUCUUGGCACACCGCCAUUAGAAAUUUGGUAUGUUUGGUUGUAUUUUCCAAAGAAACGGCGGAACUUGUAGCAAAAGAUGGCAAGGUGGAAUGCUCGGCCUGUGCAGUUUUUUUUUUCAUUUUUUGUUAUGUGUAGAAGAAGACGCAUGUAGUUUGCUUUUAUGGGAUAUAGUAAAAAAAAAUUGUGUAUACAGUUUAACUGUAAUGUUGUAUGUGCUGUUAAUACACAGGUUGAUUGUAUGACUAUGGCAUAGUGAGUUCUGGCUCCUAGCUGACA